AUGGUUUACCCUGUAGUCGCCUUCUCUAGCCUCGCUCUUCUAUUAUUCGUGCUUGUUGAGGCUGAUAAUAAUUUAAACGAUAUUUUAUUUACCGGAGAUUAUAAUUUUUUCGAUUUAACUCAUCCAUUUGAUGAAAAUACUGUUUAUUUUCCUGGAAGUAAACAAUUUGAAUUUACAAGAAAACAGGCAUCAUUUCAAAAGGAUAACUCCUGGUAUGCUGCUAACGAUUUCGAAGCUGGUGAACAUGGCGGGACUCAUAUCGAUGCACCUUAUCAUUUUCAAGUAAAUGGCAAGCACGUAGGGGAUAUUCCUAUAGAAAAAUUAAUUGUUCCUUGUCUGAGUGGAGAAGUAGCGGAAUGGAUAACGUCGUCGUAUAAAAAUAUCAUCGGUGUAGGAGUUGAUACAGCUUCCGUCGAUCCUGGCUCAAGUACGGAAUUUGAUGCGCACAAAACUUUAACCAAAUCUGAGCUUUAUAUGUUAGAAAAUGUUAAAUUAGAUGAAGAUAUUCCAGACUACGGUUGCACAGCUUUGAUACUACCAAUGAAAAUUGCUAAGGGGUCAGGAGCUCCUUUACGUCUUGUAGCAAUUUGUCCCAAAGUGACCCCUACUAAUUUUUAA